UUCACGCUUCCCACAAUGUCCUCCCACCGAAAGCUCCAUUUGCCUGCAAAAAUCUCUCUCUCUUUCUCUCUCUUCCAUUUUGUUGAGGAAAGCUGUUACGAUAGCUAACAAUGGCGGGGUACAGAGCAGACGACGACUACGAUUACCUCUUCAAGGUGGUCCUGAUCGGGGACUCGGGCGUCGGCAAGUCGAAUCUGCUCUCCAGGUUCACCAAGAACGAGUUUAACCUCGAGUCCAAGUCCACCAUUGGCGUCGAGUUCGCCACUCGGACCUUGAAAGUCGAUGGCAAGGUCAUCAAGGCUCAGAUUUGGGACACUGCUGGCCAAGAAAGGUACCGUGCCAUCACCAGUGCGUACUAUCGUGGAGCGGUCGGUGCGCUCCUUGUGUAUGACAUCACUCGUCAUGCAACAUUUGAGAAUGCUGACAGAUGGCUGAAAGAAUUAAGAGGGCACACAGAUUCAAACAUCGUCGUGAUGCUUGUUGGGAACAAAUCUGAUCUUCGCCACCUAGUAGCUGUCCCAACCGAAGAAGGGAAGUCCUAUGCUGAAAAGGAGUCCCUUUACUUCAUGGAAACUUCAGCAUUGGAGGCAGUAAAUGUGGAAAAUGCUUUUGCUGAAGUACUGACUCAAAUCUACCACGCUGUAAGCAAGAAGCAAAUGGAAGGAGGAGAAAAUGGAGAUGCUGCAUCCGUUCCAACCAAAGGAGAGAAAAUAAAUAUCAAAGAUGACAAGUCUGGUUUGACGAAACUUGGUUGCUGCUAAGUUAGAAAUGAGGAAAAACAGAACUUUAUCGGCUGGAUUCGUUCUUGUUGUACUGGUAUACAAAGUAGUAACAACCAGUAAAAGGAAUUCUCUCGGGAUAUUGAACUCAAUUUGUUAAACACCAUGAUACAUGAGAUGUAGAAGCAGAAUAGGCGCAUAAAUAGCUUGGCUUUCCUGUUCUACAUUUUCUUUUAAUCUAUGAGAAAGAGCUUUUAUUUUUUUA